GAAAUAAAGUUUUUCCAUUUGUCUUCCUCUUUACCUCUUAUAUUAUAAAAAAUCAAAUUAAAAUCUCUGUUUAUUUUUUUUCUUUUAAGAAACUGAUCAAAUUUUGCUUCAGGCAGUAAUGGAGUUGAAGAGAAGAUAAAUGUAGAGCAUUGAUGUUUAUUCCAAAUUUUUUAUUGUAUUUUAAAAACUGAUUUGAAAUUGAAGUAAAAGAAUUAAAUUAAGGAAUAUGAGAACACUGUGCGAUGUCUGUGAAAGUGCAGCUGCGAUCAUUUUCUGUGCUGCUGAUGAAGCUGCUCUCUGUCGCUCUUGCGACGAGAAGGUUCAUCAAUGUAACAAGCUUGCUAGUCGGCAUAUCCGUGUGGGCCUUGCUGAUCCUAGUGAUGUUCCGCGCUGUGAUAUAUGUGAGAGUGCACCUGCUUUCUUUUACUGUGGGAUAGAUGGUAGUUCCUUGUGUCUUCAAUGCGAUAUGAUUGUGCAUGUUGGUGGUAAACGAACCCACAGGAGAUAUCUCUUAUUACGGCAGAGAGUAGAGUUUCCGGGAGAUAAAGCUGACCGUUUGGAUGAACUAAGGCAGCAAGCUCUUGAUCAAAAUGAUGUAAGACGGGACCAAAUUCAGCCACUAAGACUUACAAUGGGAGAGAAUAACCAAAAUCACCGAACAUCUCCUGUCAUGAUGGAGGAGAAUAACGCUGAUGCUGAUGGCAAGAUAGACAAUAAAUUUGAUCUUAAUGCUAGACCGCAGCGGAUAAUUGGGCAGAAUUCAACUAACCAGGAGCAAGGUAUGGAUGUUAAUCAUGAAUCUGAAAAUGUUGUUCCUGUUGGAUCCUUCAAAAGAGAGCCUGAAAAGUAAGCAAGGUUAAAAGCAGUGGAAGAUGGAUCAUGAUGGCUGUUUGGUCUAGGGAUGACCCAUAUUGUUCUGGCUGACACUUUGGUUGCAGCCACAUUGUAAUCGACAAGCGUAGCAUGAGAAGUUUGAAUUCUUAGAAAAGAGCAACUUCAUCUAUUACGAACAAUUUUCCGAUUGCUGAUAAGCGAAGUUGCUCUUUUAAUUUUCGGCUUCCGAAGGAUGCUAGCGCUUGACAAAGAAAAUUGUUACAGUUGCAUGUCUUUUGAUCUGCAACUGGUUCAAAAUGCAGAAGUCAGAAUCCACUGCAUGAUUUUGCUACGAUCAAUUGAAAACCAUCUAUUUUGGGACAUAUUAUGGAUAUUCUGCUACAUUUUAGAUGCUGGAUUAUAUAAAAUGUGCAUAUCUGUUUAUAUUGAUACACUCGAAAUCAUAUAUUCCGAUUGUAAAGAGUUGUUCUAUUUCUUUGA